GAUCAAGACAGAGAGAACAAAUCUAGGAUGUCACUUCUGGAAAAUGAAAUUUCCAAUCUCCGUGUGAAAGAAGAAAAAUCGUCUGAAGAAUUAGCGCAGAUGAAAGCCAGAAUGCUGAGUCAUACGCAAUCCAUGACGCAAAUUCAACAAGAAUUAGAUUCGUUCGCUGAAGAAAAAGCCAGCAUCACAACGCAGCUAGGCAAUGUUCAGAAAGAUUUGAAAACUUGGAUUCAUGACUUAAAUUGCCUUGAAACAGGAAGAGAAGCAGACAUUGACCUCACAGGUUCGCUAGAAGAGUUGGGAGACGAUCUGAGCAUCGAAUCAAAUGUCUGGAUGACGCUGAAAGACAUUGGACGUGGCGCCUUUGACGGCAAAUAUUACAAGUCAUCAAUCAGAAGCAAUGUAAUUUCAAAGUUGAGCAAUGCUAUGGAGAAGAAA